UGUAUCCUGGUAUAAUAUCAAGUACUCUUCUUCUUCUUCUUCCUCAACUGUCAUAUCCUUUUUCUAUGCCUUUGAGGUUAUGUUUACCAAUAAAACGUGAAUUCCGAUGAAAUUAUGGAAGUAGUCCCGAAUAUAAGGCGUGAGGCGCCCAAUAUAUUGGUAACGGGCACUCCAGGUGUGGGAAAAUCGACUCUGUGCCAAAAAUUAAGCGAGCUAACGGGCCUACAGUGGCUGGAAAUAUCGAAAAUUGCCAAGGACAACAAUUGUUUGGAGGAAUUCGAUGAAGUGUACCAGUGCCCCGUUUUAGACGAGGAUAAACUAUUGGACGGCCUGGAGGAAGUUAUGCGUACAGGUGGCAACAUCGUGGACUAUCACAGCAACGAGUUUUUUCCUGAACGCUGGUUCGAUGUUGUUUUUGUGCUACGAGUCGAUAAUACGACUUUAUACGACAGAUUAACCGCUAGAGGUUAUACGGGGAAGAAGUUGAAAGACAAUGUGGACUGCGAAAUAUUCCAGACGGUUUUGGACGAGGCCAAAAAUUCCUACAAACCUGAAAUAGUUCACGAGUUGCGCAGUUUAACUCCCGAACAAUUACAAGACAAUUUAAACCAAAUAUGUUUGUGGUUGCACCAGUGGAUGGCAGACAACCAAAAUUUAUCUUAAACUAAGCCAAUUUUAACGUUAUUUUAUUUUACAUAUUAGGUAAUUAGGUAUGUAUAUUUUGUUAAUAUAAU